UCUCAAGUCUUUUUGAAUUGGUGACUCAACUUUUUGAAUGAAUGAAAAGGUAUGGAUACCGCCGGAGGUGAGGAAGCGAAUGUUGAAGAAUAUAGAAGAACUUUCAAUAAAUAUGACCCGGAUAAUACAGGGAUAAUAAGUUUAAAUGACAUGAUCGACAUUCUUCAAAAACUGGGAAGAAAGAUAAACAGUUCGGAAUUGAAAGAAUUGUUAACUCAAAUCGGCGAUGCUGAUUUGGAAAACAACAAUAUAAAUUUUGAUUCAUUCGUACCUUUUAUGGAAUUAACUACACAAUCGAAUUCCAUUUAUGAAGAUGAGAUGUAUUUGGUUUUUCAACAUUUUGACAAGGAUGGAGACGGAUACAUUUGUCCUGAAGAACUUAGGGAUCUAUUUUCGAGUUUCGGAGACGAAAUAACCGAAAAAGACCUCACGGACAUGAUAACAGAAGCAGAUCACGAUGGUGAUGGUAAAGUCAGUUUCAGUGACUUCGUUAAAGUCAUGACACAUCCACAUCAGUUACAACAAAUGGAGGAGUCACCAUCUCCGAAAAUUAAUAGAUCAUGCUUCAACUUGGAAGAAGCUAUCCCAGAGGAAGUUACGGAAGCGGAAGGAGUGAGACACAAAUUCGAGAGAAUGGAAGACAUCAUAUCCGAAGAAAUAGAAGUCCAUAACGACAAAUCGUCAAUGUCAAAUAUUUUCAAGGGCAAAUCAAAAAGGAGACAAUCAUGCUUUUCUGCGGUAGGUGGCAGAAAAAAUAGCAUGAUCAACGUUUCAUCGUUUUCUCGCAUAACAAUGCCAAGGGCAAGAAGCAGAAGGAGUUGCCCCGAUAUAGCUUCGUUAACUAAUGAGUUUGAUAAACCAAAAGAAGCAAAGAAAAAAUCAAGUCUCACUGCUAGUACAUCCUUUAUACGAGGACUUUUCAAAAAAAGGGGAAAAUAGACUACAACUCCUCAUACUGAUAACUGAUGAUUGUGCAAUAGUUUCAUUCAAUACAAAUUGCUUUUAGUAUGUCAUAUAUAGAUAUAUAUAUAUUAAAUAUGUAAGAUAAGAUAUUCUUAGUCAUUAUUCGAAGUUUCCGUCGUUAUUACUUAUCGAU